GCGAUAGGGAGGAAAACCCACUGGACCGUUGUACAGAUGUAUACAGGUUCGCUCUGGUUUUGAACUGGGUGCACGGCUGACCUUUAUGUGAUGGGAAUCCUUGCUUUCAAUGGCCUUAAAAGCUACCUGUUGCACCGCGGUGUAUUUCUGCACUUAUCCUCAGAAGUUUAAUUUCUGAGAUGGCCUUCCUGUUUGUAAUUGCUUUAGUGUUUUUCUCAUCGUUUUCCUAGGUGGUGCCUGGAUACGUUCUGGUACAGCACGUACAGCUGUUCCACCGUCUUCCUUCCUCAUAGCAGCAAGCCGAGGUGUCUCUGCCCCAGUUAUCGUUGUUACUCAUUUACGCUGCAGUAGCCUGUUGGCGUUCGGGGCCAGAACUCAAGUAUAUGCCAAGCAAAACCACUUGGAGAAAGUGUGAUCCAACAGGUUUAGUUUUCACCCCAAAGUUGUGGGGGACGCCAUGUGGUGGUGGGAUCACUGGGGAUCGUGCAAUGUUCUUGGGAACAUUCAGAACUGCUGUGGUACGUGUUGGAGAGCUGGGAAGACACUCGAGGAGCCCUCUGAGCAGGGUGCCGGGACACCCCAGGCUCUGCUCGCACGCCUGCACCGAUGCCCAACACUGAGUCACUCCGCUCUCCGGCCCAGCCCGCCCAUCUGUAAGAUGCAACUGCUUUUGUAAAGCCCUUUACUACACAGCUGAAGAGCUAACAAGGCCUGUAGCCUUGACACUGCAAGACCACCACUUCUUCCAGUAAUGGAGCAUUACGAAGGGUGAUACAGUCUUGUCAGUACCAAACCCUUUCCAGUGGUUCCGGUGUAACAAUGCUGUUUACUUCAGGCCUCCAGAAGGCCCGGUUCUGGUGCCACUGAUUGUUCUGCAGGAGGGAAGGUGGCUUUGCCUGGAGGGAAGCUGAUGGGCAGAAAAAAAAAGGCCUUGAAUUGAUUCUUCAUGCUCCUUUGUUGAAGGAGAUCUGUUAGGGUCACUGCUGGACGUCCAUGUGAUGUUGCUGUGUGGAGAUUGGUGGGAAACACCUUUUAAGCUUGGGAGAUGCCGCAGGUUCAGCAUCGGUGCAGACGGGCUGAUCCGUGGCUGGCGAGGACUGCAAGGAGCAGCAGCCGUGCCCUGCAGCUGAGAUGGUGCAUAGGAGGGCGGCAAGGGGAGGUGAUCCUUGUCGGAUGCCCACACAGCAGCGUAGGGCUACAGCCAGGAGUGGGGCUUGGGUUUCCCUUCCCAGACCAUUGACUGCCCCGCUAGUGGAGCAGCGAGUGGCUUACAGUGACAGAGGUGCCCCUAAGUCGUGUCAGAAGAGCAGGAGUAGCUGCGGAAAAGCUCUCCCUCCCCAGGCUGCCGAGGUGAUACGUGUCCUUCUGAAUAACAAACUUUCCUCCUUCCUUUCUCCCCAGCUUCUGCCUCUCCUAGCCUCAGGGGGACUCCGGAGGCGGCCCCAGGUGGCAUACAGCACCAAGGAGGAGAGCGCUGCAAGGCCUGUUGGGCGGUACCCGGUACCCAAUAAGAAGGACAUGCCGUAUGACAUCGUGGAGCUCAUGGAGGAAGUAGAAAUGAAGACUGGAUUUCUGCCCAAUGUGUUCAAAGCCAUGUCUCACCGACCUGCUGAAUUCAGAGCUUUUUUUGCUUAUUACAAUGCCAUUAUGAACAAAGACACAGGGCGACUCAGCAAAGCAGAUAAAGAGCUCAUAAUUGUGGCUACGAGUGCUGUGAAUAGAUGUCCCUACUGUGUGGUUGCACAUGGAGCACUUCAUCGGAUAUAUUCCAAGCAGCCGGCGCUGGCUGACCAGGUCAUUGUGAACUGGAAACUGGCUGACCUGAGCGACCGGGACCUGGCAAUGCUGGAGUUUGCUCUUGCAGUCUGUCGAGCUGACAACAUCACUGAAGAGCAUUUCCAGAAGCUGGAGAGGCAUGGUUUUGACCGUGAAGACGCCUGGGACAUAGGCAUGAUUUCUGCUUUUUUCGCCAUGUCUAAUCGCAUCGCUCAUUAUAUUGACCUGCGCCCAAACAAGGAAUUCUACACGAUGGGCAGGACGCCUGGUGGAGAGAAGGAGGAGGAAGCUUGAGUGUGCCCGACACGCCUCUCUGACGCCUAGGCGUCUGAAAAAUUCAUCAAGCUCUUAACUCUCAA